AUGUCAAAGAAAAUUUCCUUUGACGAUUUCUUGAAGCAGCAGCAGCUGUCUCAGAAUCAAAACCAAGGCUACGGCUAUAGAAAUGCCGCCCCUAGAGGUUAUGACCAGAACCAGUAUCAAGGUGGCUACCAACAGAACCAGUAUCAAGGUGGCUACCAACAGAACCAGUAUCAAGGUGGAUACCAGAGCUACCAGCAAGGAUACCAAGGCGGCUACCAGAACUACCAGAGCUACGGCCAGCCCAGCGGAUAUGAUGGAGCAUCUGAAGGUACUCCGGGCCCAGAGUCUCAGGUCACCUCAGGCACCAACACCCCCAACCCAAACUCUUCGACAGUGUCGCUCACAUCGCUUAAUACAGCUUUGAACAAAUUGACCGUCGGAACUCCAAUCUCGGAGAACUUACAGGCCCUUCAAAGUGCGGGCCGAAUCGGAGAUGCUAAGAAGGAAGCACAAGAAAUCGCAUCCAAGAUCUUGGAAGAACCAUCCAUGACUGUUGUGGAAGAGUGGAAGAUCAUUGAGGUUCUCAAGUCAUUGUCGAAGCCAAAGAACAGCCCCAUCGUCAGAGAGUCCGCACUUCUUAUUGUGCAGCAAUUGGCACUCAAGUUGGGUGGCCAGAGUCCUAAGGAAUCCCACUUGGUACAGUUUAUUCCAUCUGUUUUCGACUUUUUCGCUGACAAGGAUAAGAACAUUGUUAAGGCAGCUAAGCAGACCAUCGACACUCUUUACGGAACCUUCCCUGUGGAGGCCUUGGCCAGUGUGGUGAUUGACGAAUUGUUGUCUUACUUGAAGUCUUCGGCAAAGUGGAACUCCAAAUUGCCUGCAUUGUCUAUCUUUGAUAAGUUGGUCGACGAUGUGCCUGCUGACUUGUUGGAAUUGAAGUUUGUAACUGCCGUGCCAGUUUUGACUGACUUGGCUACAGACUUUAAACCAGAGUUGGCUGCCCAGGGAUUGAAGAGCUUGAAGAAGUUCGUCAAGGUGUUGGACAACUUGGACUUGCAGAACAAGUACGACUUGAUUGUAGACACUUUAGCAGACCCCAAGAAGGUCACUGAGUGUAUCAAGAACUUGUCAUCUGUGACUUUCGUCGCCGAGGUCACUGAGCCUGCUUUGUCGCUUUUGGUGCCAAUUUUGGACAAGUCUUUGAAAAUGUCGUCGUCAUCGAACGACCAGUUGAGACAAACGGUCACUGUCACCGAGAACUUGACUAGAUUGGUCAACAACAAGAGGGAAAUCGAGACUUUCAUUCCAAUCUUGAUGCCUUCGGUUGAAAAGGUGGUCAACAACGCCUCUUUGCCUGAAGUCAGAGAGUUGGGUGCCAGAGCUUUGGCUGUUUUAAAGGAGGCCGAGAAUGAGCAGACCGAUGGAAAGUUCCACGGAAGAAUUACACACGAACAGGCCACCGCUUUCUUGAGCGAGAACUUGAGUGAGGACGUCAAGCCUGUCAGCGAGUACUUGCUUCUGGGUGAGUUGGAAACUUCAUACUUGGGUUUGGUUGUUCAGUCUGAUGCCAACGUCAAUGACUGGAAGCGUUUGAUCGAGUACUUGGAUUUGUCCAUUGAUGAGUCGGAAAUCAUUACCAGCGAGUUGAAGACAAAGUACAUUGAUGAGGUUCUCGCUAACCUCAAGCAUUUGUUCACUGAAACUUCCACCAGAAGUGACGAUGACGACGAAGGUGCCAUUGAAAUCGUCAAUGCGGACUUCUCGCUCGCCUAUGGUUCACGUAUGUUGUUGAACAAGACCACUUUGCGUUUGUUGAAGGGUCACAGAUACGGUUUGUGUGGUAGAAACGGUGCCGGUAAGUCCACCUUGAUGAGAGCCAUCUCCAAGGGCCAAUUGGAGGGUUUCCCAUCUCCUGACGAGUUGCGUACCUGUUUCGUCGAGCACAGGUUGCAGGGUGAAGAGGGAGAGAUGGACUUGGUCACUUUCAUUGCAUCCGACCCUGAAUUGUCCAGUGUCAGCCGCGACGAUAUUGCUUCUGCCUUGAAGCGUGUCGGAUUCCCAGAUGAGAGAUUGGAGCAGCAUGUUGGAUCGUUGUCUGGUGGUUGGAAAAUGAAGUUGGAGUUGGCCAGAGCCAUGUUGAUGAAGGCUGACAUCUUGCUUUUGGAUGAACCUACUAACCACUUGGAUGUUGCCAACGUUGCCUGGCUUCAAAACUAUUUGAUCGAGAACACUGACAUCACUUCCUUGAUUGUUUCGCAUGACUCCGGUUUCUUGGAUGCUGUGUGUACUGACAUCAUUCACUACGAGAACAAGAAAUUGGCUUACUACAAGGGUAACUUGUCAGAGUUUGUUAAGGUCAAGCCAGAGGGUAAGUCUUACUACACCUUGACUGAUUCUCUUGUCAAGAUGGCCUUCCCUCCUCCAGGUAUCUUGUCUGGUGUUAAGUCCAAUACCAGAGCCAUCGCUCGUAUGAGUCAUGUCACCUUCUCUUAUCCAGGAGCUGCCAAGCCAUCUUUGGUUGAUGUUUCGUGCUCUUUGUCCUUGUCAUCCCGUGUGGCCAUCUUGGGUCCUAACGGUGCCGGUAAGUCCACCUUGAUCAAGUUGUUGACUGGAGAGACCAUUCCAAACGAAGGUAAGGUCGAAAAGCAUCCAAACUUGAGAAUUGGUUAUAUUGCCCAGCACGCUUUGCAGCACGUUGAGCAGCACAAAGAAAAGACUGCUAACCAGUACUUGCAAUGGCGUUACAGAUUCGGUGAUGACAGAGAAGUGUUGUUGAAGGAAUCUCGUAAGAUAUCUGAAGAGGAGAAGGAAAUCAUGGAAAAGAAGCUUGAUGUCGGAGAUGGCCAGGGACCACGUAUGAUUGAAGCACUUGUGGGAAGACAGAAGUUAAAGAAGUCGUUCCAGUAUGAGGUUAAGUGGAGACACUUCUUGCCAAAGUACAACUCUUGGGUUCCAAGAGAAUAUUUGCUGGAGCAAGGUUUCGACAAGUUGAUCCAGAAGUUUGACGAUCAUGAGGCUUCCAGAGAAGGUUUGGGAUACAGAGAGUUGACUCCAACCGUUAUCAGAAAACAUUUCGAAGAUGUUGGUUUGGAUGGUGACAUCGCCGACCACACUCCAAUGGGAUCUCUUUCCGGAGGUCAAUUGGUCAAGGUUGUCAUUGCUGGUGCUAUGUGGAACAACCCCCACUUGCUUGUUCUUGAUGAGCCUACUAACUACUUGGACAGAGACUCUUUGGGAGGUUUGGCUGUUGCAAUUAGAGACUGGAGUGGAGGUGUGGUGAUGAUUUCCCACAACAACGAGUUUGUUGGAGCCUUGUGUCCUGAACAAUGGCAUGUGGAGAACGGAGAGGUCGUCCAGAAGGGAGUCGCUGCCGUUGAUGCAUCCAGAUUUGCUGACGGAGAAGCAUCUAAGGAGGGAUCUCCAGCUCCAGAGCCAGUAAAGAAGAGAGCCGACGAUGACGAUUCGCCAGCUAACAUUAAGGUGAGAACUAGAAAAAAGAAGAUGACCAGAAACGACAAGAAGCUCCAGGCCGAGAGAAGACGUUUGCGUCACAUUGAGUGGUUGAGUAGUCCAAAGGGUACACCAAAGCCUGCGGACACUGACGAUGAAGACGAUGGUAAGUUGGUCCAGAUUGAAUAUGCUUUGAAUGCCGUUAAGCAAGGAGUUACCACGAUCGGUAUCAAGUCCGCCUCUGGUGUUGUUCUUGCCACCGAGAGAAAGGCUAACUCCAAUUUAUUGAAGAACGACUGUAAUGCUAAAGUUGAGCAACUCACACCAGAUAUCGCCAUGACAUACUCAGGAAUGGGACCAGAUUUCCGUGUUCUUGUUGACAAGGCUAGAAAGUUGGCCCACACAAACUAUAAGCGUAUUUACAACGAGUAUCCGCCUGUCAAGAUCAUGGUUCAAGAACUUGCGAAAGUCAUGCAAGAAUCCACACAAUCAGGAGGUAUCAGACCUUUUGGUGUGUCAUUAUUGGUAGGUGGCUAUGAUCAGCACCUGGAGAGCUUCCAAUUGUAUCAGGUGGAUCCUUCCGGAAGUUAUUUCCCAUGGAAGGCUACUGCUAUCGGCAAGACUGCAGUUCUGGCCAAGACAUUUUUGGAGAAGAGAUGGAACGAGGAUUUAGAGUUGGAAGACGUGAUCCAUGUUGCUCUUUUGGCAUUGAAGGAAUCUGUGGACGGUGAGUUGACUGGAGAGAACUUGGACAUCCUGGUGAUUAGUGACCCCCAAGAACACUUGUUGGGAUUCAAGGGUACUGAUGUGGUUGGUCCUCGUGUGAAGAAGUUGUCAGCCGAGGAGAUUAAUGACAGACUAGAAGCUUUGUAG